AGCAUUGUUGUUGUAUUCAGCUGGUGGUUGUCAUUCUGGCGAAAAGUGGAGAAAAAUAUCAAGUGAAACGGAGCAAAAGCCGAACGGAUUGAAAUAUUUUACAGAAACGACAGUGGAGCGCUCGGAUGGAGGCAGAGCCGGAGGACCAGGAGGAGGAAGAGGCGGCUGCCGCCAUGCUGUGGUCCAUCCAGGAGGCUCUGGAGAGGCAGACCCAGCAGAUCGGAGCGUCGGCCUGCGGGGCCACAGCGGUGGUGGACGUCCUGAAGGCCCUCGGAGUGGAUGUUGCGCCGGAAGAAGCUGACCGCUGCGUCCAGACCCGCCUGAGGAGGAACGAGUCUCCGCUGCCAGACUACCUGCUGUCACGCAGCGAAGCAGGCUAGAAAAUUAAGGGAAGAAUGGGUGACUGGAGCUUUCUAGGGCGACUGUUGGAAAAUGCUCAAGAACACUCCACUGUGAUUGGAAAGGUUUGGCUUACUGUCCUAUUCAUUUUCCGUAUCUUGGUUCUUGGCGCAGCCGCUGAAGAAGUUUGGGGUGACGAACAGUCUGACUUCACCUGUAACACCCAGCAGCCCGGUUGCGAGAACGUCUGCUAUGACGAGGCCUUCCCCAUCUCCCAUAUCCGUUUUUGGGUGCUGCAGAUCAUCUUUGUCUCUACGCCCACUCUCAUCUACCUUGGCCAUGUGCUGCACAUCGUGCGCAUGGAAGAGAAGAGAAGAGAGAGGGAGGAAGACCUCAGAAAAUCUGGACGACAUCAGGAGGACCACGACCCUUUCUAUAACAAUGGAGUCAGUGACGGAGGGGGAGGAGGUGGUAGAAAGGAGAAACCGCCAAUCCGGGAUGAGCAUGGGAAGAUUCGUAUCCGUGGAGUUUUAUUGAGGACCUAUAUCUUCAACAUAAUCUUCAAGACUCUGUUUGAGGUGGGCUUCAUCUUGGGGCAGUACUUUCUCUAUGGCUUCCAGCUGAGGCCGCUUUAUAAAUGUGGCCGCUGGCCCUGCCCCAACACUGUGGACUGCUUCAUCUCCAGGCCUACUGAAAAGACGAUCUUCAUCAUUUUCAUGCUAGUUGUAGCAUGUGUCUCCUUGGUCCUCAAUCUACUUGAGAUCUACCACCUGGGGUGGAAGAAAGUUAAGCAUGGGGUGACGAAGGAGUUUGCUCCUGAUAGUCUGUCACUGAUAGGCAUAAAUGAGCCUGGAGACGCAGAGACGAUUCCUGAACAGACCUCUCCAACGGGGCUCCAGUAUUUGCCAGUGUCUUCUAAUGUGUGUGUGGUGAGAGGUGAAGCAACGAGAGGAGGAACUUACAGUCCAACCGGAACCUCCCACACAGUGAUCUCCUUAAACACUAACAUGGCUACAGUACCAAUGUCUGAAGGACUUAAUGUGGGCAGUGCUGCUUGUCACCAAGAGGACUUCCUGAUGGAGUCGCUGCCUGCUUCUAUCUAUGGUGAGAGUGAAGACAGUCGUGGACACCUUGAGGAAAUGCAGCAGAAUAGGAGAAACAUGGCUUUGGAGCUUCACAAUCUCAAUGAGGAAAAUUCCCCCACAUAUCCCCUUCCAUCUCCAUUCCCCUCUACCUCCUCCACCUCUCAGGAGGAGAUGACAUGUCUGGAAGAGAAGCAACGCUCCACAUUUCCAACUCUUCCUCGAAAUACACCUCUCUCUCUGCUCGCGCCGGAGGAGACAGCAGUGGAUCCAGAAAACACUGUCGCCACAUCACCGAGCAUAGAACCACAUGAUGAUUUCACUGUGAUAACCAGGGCGGAGAUGCAUCAGCCUCCCUUUGCUGUCGGGACAGAUUUAAGGAGGCCCAGUAUGGUGAAUAAGACCUGUGGUGCUCGAGCUCGCCCUGAUGAUCUUUCUGUGUAGCUAAAAUGUGGAUGCUCAAAUUUAUGAAACAAUGCACAUGUGCUUUUCUCUUACCCAUAUGCAAAUACCACCAAACCACAGUACUUACACAAUUUAAGACUGGCUCAUAUCAAGAAGCAAAGGGUAUCAUGAAAGAAACACAAGGUAUUGGAGCUUUAUUACCACUCUGGUGUAUAUGUGAUACUAUGGAGAUGUGGUGCUAACCAGCAUAGCACAUACAUGAAUAACAGUUGUUAAAUUUUCAUUGGAUGGUUUCACAGUCAGUAGGGUUGAGCAUCUCUGCUUUACUGCCAGUACAUAUCUCAAUACACUUCCAUGACUGAGGUAGAAAUGUACCACAUUAAAGAACUAUGAGCAGCAAACUCCAGUUUCAUAUGAUUCAACUCUAUUACCAUUCUUAACAUUUAUGCUAAGAUAAGUUGGCCAUGUGUCUAUUUUUGUAGGUAAUAGCUAAGCAUGUGAAAUGGGUUGAUAUUUCAGUCUAACUUCUAUUUAGAAAUUAACUCAACUACUUUACAUCCGGUUGCACCUGAUGACUAGUGAACAACUUUAUUUACCUAGAUUUAGCAUUUAUGUUAGACUAAGUUAGCCAUGAAUCUAGUUUUGUAGUUAAUGACAAAACAUGUUAUAUGUGUUGAUCUUUUUUUUUUUG